UGUGCCCAAUUAGGCCAACUGCUUCGUGCAAACGUAGCGAUACAAAACCGUUUAACAAGAAUUCAAAGGGGUAGUUAUUCCAUGGAAGAAAUUAGUCUACCCCGUCUUUCCCUUAGUGCCUUCAAAAGAAAUUUUACUGGAAAAAACGCAAAAUUCAGCAUGGCAGCGACAGUGGCAAAAGCACCUGCUAUUACCAACGUACAAACCACGCCCCCUCAGGUAGCUCACAAUAAGGUGGUCACUUCCAACGGUAACACCAAAAUUGUCUUUAACGGAAGACAGGACACUUCCGGCGGAUACCAGCCGCAGUUCGUGAUCCAGAAAUUGUCGGUCACGAGGCUUCCUAACAUUGUAAACCGGAUGCGGACUGAGACGCUGUCGAGCCGUGCCAAACGAAGUCGCUUCUAUAAGAGUGAUUCGUACGUGGAUUACCGCUGCUACAGUUGGAGGAACCUUGCUCUCUGGAGCGACUACCAAGCCCAUCUGUGGAAAGGAGAUGGCAGUGUGAAAACUUCUUACAGGAAGUGAAAUACUGCAUGCAAACCUAUGGUUUUAAAUUAUAUUGUACGUACCUAUAUAAUACAUUUAUAUAUCAGUUUGUAUCACUUUGUCCUGCAGUGUAAAUGCCUUAAGUUAUAGUAAACUCAAAGUCUUUCAGCUCAAGAAACAGUAUUAUUUGUACAUGGCAUUUAAUUGGAAAAAUUUCAUUUGAAAACAUACAAAUAUUUUGUACCAUUGAUACAUGCAAUUUGUGGAAUCAUGGAUCGAUGUUGUUUUAUAUACAUUACAAUGUAUAUUAAGUUUUUUGAUAAAUAAUUACAUUAACCAUCAUGGAAUGGUUCGUGCACCAGCCUUUCGAUUUGUCAGUAUUAUUCAUACAUAUACACAUAGUUAUCUUGUAUCACAUUGUCUCAUAAAUUAACAUAUUAAUAAACAUGAUUGUAUGUUUUAUGUUUUGAUUUUCAUAUUAAAACUAUUUUUCAUAAACAUG